AUGGUAGGGUUCUUUAUAAUUGGAUAUAAUUACAUCAACCUCAAUGUCCGAGACUUGAAGAAAAAAGAAGAAGAAUUAAACAAUGAAAUAGGUGUUGAAAUGGAGAAUGAAGGAGUCAAUGAAAUACACCCAGAAAACAUUUCAUUUGAAGAAAAACGUGGAAGUCGGGAAAGUGUUGAACAAAUUGAAGAAAAUAACAAAAGUGAAUUAAAAGAGGACAUUCAUAUUGAUAUCGAAAAGAUUAAGGAUAUCACAAAAACAAUUGAUAAGAAGGAAGAAGUUCCAAAUCCACUUUUGGAGUACCAAGUCAAACCCAUUCACUACGAAGAGGAAGAUGAAGGUAUUGAUGAUGAUGAUAUAUUAGUCGAUGACGAAAUAUCUUCUGAUGAAUUGGAAGAAGAACAAGAAAACGAAACUACUACACAAAAUGUAAGUCAAAAUGGAUCAAUAAAAAUGGAUGAGGUUCGCGAUAAAACACCUUCUAUUCCUUCGCGCGAUAUUUCAGUUAAUUCCCCUGAAAUUAUAAAAUCAAAAGAAGAUGUGACAUCACAAGAGAAAGCAACAAAGACGAGAAAAAUAAAUUCCUUUUCAAAAACAUUCAAAAAAGUAAAAAGAGGUAUAAAAAAGUUUUUCAAAACAAUUUUGAGGCCUUUUGUGUUCUGUUGGAAGAAACUGCCAUCGAUCGUCAGAUUUUCAAUCAAAAACUUCUUCUCUGUUCCAACGAUGGCGACUAUCUUUGGAAUCAUAUUCAUGUUACUCAAAUGGAUACGAGACCCUUUGUUGGUAUCUGGGGGAUUGGAGUAUAAUCGGGGAGGUGUAUCAACUAUUUAG